AUGGCAAUUCAAAGGGAACCUGGCCAGAAAGGCAUCAACUGGUCUAACAUUGCUGUCGGUGCUAUCAUGAACAUGGUCACGACCCUUGGUCAGCCCUUGGAAGUCCUCAAGACCCAAAUGGCCGCCAACCGAUCACAGACUAUGGUCCAGGCCACCAAGGCGGUCUGGGCCCGUGGUGGUGUCGCAGGGAUGUAUCAAGGUCUGAUUCCAUGGGCAUGGAUUGAAGCCUCCACCAAGGGUGGUGUGCUUCUUUUUACCGCUUCAGAAAUCGAGACUGCUGGCGUUGGUAUGGGUGUCAGCCCUGCUAUUGCUGGUCUCUUGGGUGGUAUGGGCGGUGGUAUCGCCCAGGCUUAUGCAACUAUGGGAUUCACGACGUGUAUGAAGACUGUUGAAAUUACGCGACACAAGGAGGCUGCUGUCGGUGUCGAACGGUCAACAUUCCAGGUGUUCAUGGACAUCUACCGUCGCGAAGGUAUCAAGGGCAUUAACAAAGGCGUUAAUGCUGUUGCUGUACGACAAUGCACCAACUGGGGCUCUCGCAUGGGUUUUGCUCGUCUUGCUGAAACUAUGAUUCGGAAUGUGCGCGGCAAGGGCGAAAAAGACAGCCUUGGAGCCAUGGACAAGAUCUUGUCUUCUUCUAUUGGUGGCGCGCUGGCUACAUGGAAUCAGCCUAUAGAGGUUGUCCGGGUUGAGAUGCAAUCGAUGGCAAAGACCACUGCAAAUGCUAACCGCCCAGCAAAACUAACUAUUCUCAACACCCUCGGCUUCAUUUACAAGGAGAACGGUAUUAAAGGCCUCUACCGUGGUGUCACACCCCGGAUAGGUCUGGGCAUCUGGCAAACAAUUUGUAUGGUGUCAUUCGCGGACUAUGUGAAAGCCUGGGUUAAAAAGAGUUAG